AUGAACAAAGUCCUCCAAAAUGGAAAAAACUUUCAUUUUAAGGUGACGAAGAACAAGAGCAUUACUGCUGCAAAGUUGAUUAGCCUGAUGAUAGGUAAUAGGCUGAAUAAUCAACAAAAGUUAAAGUGUGCUUUGGUUUGGUUUGUGCGCGCGAUGCUGCUGGCAAAGGACCCGUCAAAGAAGACUGAUCUGAUCAAGCAGAAAGAAGCUUUUGUCAAGAGAAAUAAUGCAUCAUACGCGUUAUUUGGCUUUCCCUGGAUGUUUCUGGUUUGGAUAUAUGAGGCCUUUCUUCAUAUGGAAAGGUACGCCGGCAAGUCAUUGGAUUCUCCCCUGCCCAUUUCCCAUCUUCUUCAAUGGCACACGUCGAAGUGCGAUAACAUAAUGGAAGGCGACCCAUUUAAGUACAAAGAAAACAACACAAAGAUUCUGCACCCGUAUCUUAUCCCUACUAUCUAUGAGAUGGAGCAGAAAUACAUGAAAAAUUUUAAGUCAUACACGGAUCAACUUAAGGAUAUGUCCAUCGAUGCGUUGAAGGCGCAACUAAAAGGCGUGACUGUCCUGACUUCAUCAGUGAAGGUCACGGACGAAGACGAAGAUUUGGGUGGCAAUCAUUAUGUUCCAAGUCCACCAUGCGCUUGUGAUCAUGCUGGUUCAAGUGAACUCAAAUCUUCACCAAAUGCUUCUAAUGAAGAUGACAUGCGCGAGCGCAUUUCUUUGCUCGAGAAAAGUCUACUGAAUAUUACUUCUUUUGUUAGAGAUGAAAGUGCACUGGACAGUCUCCCUCAUAGCCGGCAUCAAUUAAACCUUAAAGAACUUGCAGUCGCAGUGACAAACAUAGCUGCAACAGAUGAAAAAGGUGAAGAAGAGAAGAAAGAAGAAGAAAUGAAAGAGGAGAAUGCAGCAGAUGAAGAAGAUACAAAAGAAGAAGAAGAAGAAAAAGAAAAACAUGAGGAGAUGACAGCUGAAGCAGAAGAAGAAAAUGAGGAGAAAACAAAAGAAGAUGGUAAAAAUAAAUCAGAAGAAGAAGAAGACAAAAAUGAGAAGGUAGUGGAAGAAGAAUUAGUGGUCGAAUAG